AUGUUUGCUAUUCGCCAAAUCGGUCCGGCAAACGCACGACGAGCGUCUUUCUUUCCGAACACAGAGAAUGGAAUCGGUGAUGAGUUGGCCACACUGCUUCAUAAAACUGAAACAAUAGCUGGCCGACGAAACUCUGCAGUCAGCUCUAGAAAGGGCUCUGAUGAACCACCAAUCCCUGUCUCUGGCCGCCGAUUUUCCGUAAUUGAUCGAAUUCGAGAGAAACGAGAAAAAGAGGAGCGCGAACAAAAAGAAUUGGAAAAGCAAAGCAAAGAGGGACUGAAAGUAAAAACUAUUGCAGAAGAUGAAAAGGAAUCAACCAUUUCCUCAAACUUUUCUCCAAGAAGUUCCGAUUUGCAACAAAAUGCUACUCAGGAAAUUGAUUCAGCAAGUCGAGCUUUGGUUUGUAGAAAUGAACAAGUGUGUUCUCCUGUCGCUUGUGAGACUCCUCAUUCCGACAUUUCCGUCGAUUCAACUUAUGGAAGCCAAAGUGGUCGACAACUUUCACCGUUAACACCAGAAGAAAAGGGGAAUGCUUGGACGAGUAACGAUUCGAUUCCGAUUGGAGAUUUACCUAGUUUAUCUUCUACAAAUAAGCUUGCGUCCAACGAAAGUGAUGUCCUUCAGAAAACUCAAGGAUCUUCCGCAAAAUCACCUCUUAAAGAUCAAAACAAAAAGCCGACAACAAAUGGAUUGGACUUAUGCGGGAUUCGUGUAGAAGAAAUCGAUGAAAAUAAAAAACCAAAGAUUGCGCAACCAACGCGGAAAAUGCUUACACGCACAAUCACACAAACCACUUUCACAAAGCCGGCACCCAAGAGAAGCGAUUCUACGGUGAAGAAUGACCCGUCAAACACAGCUACGACAACAACAACGACAACAUUUCCGCCUAAACGCGUAAUGCCCGGUGUCAUCAGAAGAGCGGAUUCAUCAGGAUCGGAAAGAGGAAAAACCUUAUCACAACCAUCAAAAGCCCCGUCCACUACUUCUACUUCUACUAGCAGAGCCUCAAUCCGAACAGUUCCAAUCACGACUUUGACUGAAAAAAAGCCUCCCAGUCCGUUGAAAAUUUUACCAAAAACUCCAUCAACUACCUCAUCUACUCCAGCAACUCCAGCAACUCCAGCAAAUAAACCCUCAAGAUUGCCGCGUGGAGCCACAUCAAGUGCAUUACUGAUGAGCACAAAGAGUCAACAGUCUUUACCGCCCAUCAAACCACCACCACAACGGAGAGUCACCGCUCCCGUUGCUCCUAUUCUUUACAAUCGACAGGUAAGCACCUCUGCUCGCCCGUCUUUAGUGCAAACGGGUGUCGUGCAACCAAAAACCGCAAACAUUGUCACGACGACCAUUGAAAAGCCGAGACUCCUCCGAGCCACCGUUGUAAAUAAGAAACCGAUAUCGAGUGAUGUGACUGAAAAGCCAAGAAUGGCAAGAACAUUGCGGUCUACGGCGAGCGCUGACCUUGUCUCUAGUGGUACAAAGCUUCCUUCAAGUCCAUUGACCAUUUCACGGACUCCAAUGCCACCAAAAGUGUCAACAAAAGUGUCAGGAUUG